GUCGCACCGUCGUCGACCAGGAAGAGAGAGAUAUUCCCGAUGGCUGCUUUGGCGAACUCUGCUAUCGGAAACCCUAUCGUCGGCCUCGCCAAGUCAUCUCCGUCGUCGUCGGCCUUCCUCGGAGUCCGAAUCCACCUGCGAGGCGAGCGGUCGGGCCGUAUCGCCUGCGCUUCGCCAUCAUCCGCUCUUGCUGUUUCCUGCACCAUGUCUGGGAAUGUCACGGCCGUUGAGGCGGAGAAGAAUGGAAAGCCUGGAUUGGGGCCGAGGCCGGAUUCCUUCGGUCGUUUCGGACGGUUUGGGGGGAAGUACGCGCCGGAAACCUUAAUGUACGCCCUCUUCGAACUGGAGGAGGCGUUCCGGGCGCUCUCGAAAGAUGAGGACUUCCAGAAAGAGUUGGAUGGAAUUCUCAGGGAUUAUGUCGGCCGAGAAAGCCCACUUUACUUUGCAGAACGGCUCACAGAGCAUUACAGACGCUAUAAUGGUGAAGGUCCACAUAUUUAUCUGAAGAGAGAAGAUCUUAAUCAUACAGGUGCUCACAAGAUCAAUAAUGCUGUUGCACAAGCCUUACUUGCCAAAAGGCUGGGAAAGAAGCGUAUCAUAGCUGAGACAGGAGCAGGUCAGCAUGGAGUUGCUACUGCUACAGUUUGCGCUCGGUUUGGCUUGGAAUGUAUUGUUUAUAUGGGUGCCCAGGAUAUGGAAAGGCAAGCCCUCAAUGUAUUCAGAAUGAGGCUUCUUGGAGCAGAGGUAAGAGGUGUCCAUUCUGGAACUGCCACACUCAAGGAUGCCACAUCAGAAGCUAUACGUGACUGGGCGACCAAUGUUGAGACUACACAUUACAUUUUAGGUUCUGUAGCAGGUCCACAUCCUUACCCAAUGCUUGUUAGAGAAUUUCAUGCAGUAAUAGGCAAAGAGACAAGAAAGCAAGCUUUGGAGAAGUGGGGUGGAAAGCCAGAUGUUCUUGUUGCAUGUGUUGGUGGAGGCUCAAAUGCCAUGGGACUCUUCCAUGAAUUUGUCGAUGAUACAGAUGUAAGAUUAAUUGGUGUAGAGGCUGCUGGAUUUGGGUUGGACAGUGGCAAACAUGCAGCAACGUUAACAAAGGGAGAAGUGGGGGUUCUACAUGGUGCCAUGAGUUAUUUGCUGCAGGAUGAUGAUGGUCAAAUCAUCGAGCCUCAUUCUAUAAGUGCUGGGUUGGACUACCCUGGAGUUGGACCUGAGCACAGUUAUUUGAAGGAUAUUGGCCGUGCUGAAUACUUUAGCGUCACAGAUGAACAGGCUUUGGAAGCUUUCAAGCGGCUGUCACGCCUGGAGGGCAUCAUCCCUGCUCUUGAAACCUCUCAUGCACUGGCCUACCUGGAAGAACUUUGCCCAACUCUCCCAGACGGCGCUAAGGUGGUUCUCAACUGCAGUGGAAGGGGAGAUAAGGAUGUCCAUACUGCUAUAAAGCAUCUUCAACUAUAACCAGAAGCCAUCAGACCUAUUCCGGUGUUUGAAAACAGGAGAAGCUGCAAAUUGCCUCUUUUUUUCUGUCUGAAUAACUGAGAGCUGUUUCUUGUAAGUGAAACUUCUUUCAAAUGCUCUUAGUCCUCUCUUUCACAUCGCAGGGUUUCUUGUACUCUAAAUUAUGUUUCCUUUCAUUUCCUCGGCCUCGGGAGUGAGGAUUAAAUAAACCGACUUGGUGUUUGACUUGGUAAAAUGCUUCAAAAGAUAAGGAAUGUUUUUGAUCAA